UACAUGAUAGUGUGUAAUAUUUUUCGCGUAUGUCACGUUAGAUAAGACGUCAAUAGAAAAUAUAUUCGAUAGAUGUGGUGCUGUUGAUGGACUAGGUUUACAACGGCACAUAAUAAAGUGUGUAAAUUUUACUGAAAAUCAUACAUUCGGAUGAAAUUAUCCAAAUACGCUCUCAUUAGAGGCAAAUUCAAAAAAAGUUUCAACUAGCUAUCACUGUAAUCGUCUACGCACGUUAUUCAAAUAAAAGCAAAAUAGUGACGUUUGAAUUAGUUUUAUUCAACUAAAUACUAUUUAUCAAAAAUUAGUGUAAAUGUUCUACAGGUAUCUGUUAACACCAAAACUCUUCAAGGAGUAUGAUGGAACAAAGGAAAUGUAUGAACCUGGAGCCUUAGAAAAAUAUGGAGAUCAAUUGCUGACAGCUCUUAAUUUAAUGUGGAGUUUUGGUUACUAUACAUCUCCUCUUUUGAUCACAUUCCUAUACCGUCGUGGAUAUUUCGUGGCGGAUUCUGUCGGGACUCUGGCCAAAUUUACGACUGGCAUUGGAUUGCUAGUGGCAGUUUCAUUGUGUAUGCGGGGCCUAGGUCGGUCCAUGAAUGUGGUCUAUUUGCGCUUUGCAGAAUGUCUGGAAAGUGCCAAAAGAAACGAAAAGAAUCUCGAAGCAAAAAACCACAUUCGCAAAUAUGAUUUUGACUUCAAACAUUGGCCCGUAGAUUUUACGGUUAAAAACAGUGUGCAACGUGUUCAGUUGCCACGCAAUAAGCCUCUAUGGAUUUCAUCACUUCCAUGUCAAAUUGUGGCAUAUUUGGCUAUUCACACUUUUGGCAUACGGAUGAUUUAUCCUGGAUCGAUACGAAUGCUACAGAAUUAUAUUGAACCUAUGUUGCUUCAGGGUCGUACUAAGCUGAUCACAGAGAACGGCGGAAAACGCAAUAAAGUCAAAACGGCCGAUGGCAACGAAAUCGAUACAUUGUUCAUAGAUAAUCGCAACACAAUGGAUCCAACAAACAAUUCUAAUGGUCGCAUAUUGGUUAUCUGUUCGGAAGGCAAUGCCGGAUUCUACGAGAUUGGAAUUAUGUCUACCCCAAUUGAACUGAAAUAUUCAGUUCUUGGCUGGAACCAUCCAGGAUUUGCUGGAAGUAGUGGUCGGCCGUAUCCUGACCAAGAUCAAAAUGCAGUUGAUGCUGUCCUCCAGUUUGCACUAACAGAUCUCGGUUUUACGCCAGAAAAUAUUAUUCUUUAUGGUUGGAGUAUUGGAGGAUACUCAACCCUAUACGCUGCCUCGCAAUAUCCGGAUGUUAAGGGAGUAAUUCUGGAUGCUACCUUCGAUGAUGUAUUGCAAUUGGCCCUGCCUCGAAUGCCAGAAAGUGUUUCCAAUAUUGUUAAAAUUGCCAUUAGAGAUUAUGUAAAUUUGAACAACACGGAACUCAUCUCGCAAUACAAUGGUCCAGUCAUGUUAAUCAGAAGAACGGAGGACGAGAUGAUUUGUUCACAGGAAGGUGAGCUUGGAACAAAUAGAGGAAACUUUUUGCUGAUCAGUAUGCUUAAAUACCGAUUUCCAAACAUAUUUAAGACAGACCAGGAAAAUCUUGCUAAAGAAAUGUUAUCAAAACCCAUCAAACCCAGUUCAAAAGAGUUCGAUGCACUCUGCCUCUCCUGGUUGAUGGCUUAUCUAACGGACAACGGCAAUAACGGUACCUCGCGAAGUUAUCCCAUCGAGAUAGGAGAGGAAUAUUCUAGCGAUCAAAGGAAUACGAUGGCGACGUAUCUCAUUAUAAAACAUUUGCAGGAUUACAAGUCAACCCAUUGCACACCUUUACCUGGAGGACACUUUCAGUCUCCUUGGGAAAUUCCAAACGAAACUGAUUACGUAUUCACUUAAAUCGAAGAAAAGAUUUGCAGGGAUCCUUUUCAAAAUACCAGAAACAGCAGCAAUUCAAUCUGUCACGUUGUGGAACUAUUCUUGAAAAGCAAGAUGCAUCUAAAUUAUAGGCAUACAAAAAAUAUUUGGGAGAAGGUACGUUAUUAUAAAAAAACUCCGAAUGCUCUGAACGAGCAGAGCCGGAUUUACGAUUGUGGGGGGCCCAAAUGAUGUACCUAUAUUUAAUUUAUCUUUGGAAACUUACCAAAAAAUUGUCACAAAUUUUUAAUACAUCUUUUUAUGAGGUUUCUUCACUGAAAACUUAUUAAUUACGAAAUCAACACUCAAUUUCUCCAAUAUAUCGUAUUUGCAUCUUCACAACGCCAAAUUUGAUAGCCGUUUAUUCUUUAGAGUCGUACGCUACUUAUUACUAAAUAGUUUCAUCCCGAAAAAGACAGUUGACCCAGCUGGGUUUAUAAAUAUUAGACUCAAAUAAAUACGCAAUGCAAUUUCAGUGUUUAGAAUUCAUUCAGGCAAUUGUUAUCUAAAAUUGAACAGUGCAAAUGUUAUUCAAAUGAAAUAUUCUCUAGAUUCAAACUGCUUAAAAUUUCAUUUUUUCUUGAUUUGUGGGGCCCGAACUUCCUUGGAACUAACCCCCCUCCCCCCCCAUCCUUGAUCCGGCUAUGGCAAAGAGAAAUAAUGAAAUAAUUCUUUCGUGAAGUGUUCAUCGAGUAUUAGAAACGGUAUUUUGCAAAGGACAGCGGAUGAAAUUAGACUGCAUCAGCAGGACAACUGAAACGACAUUCUCAACUAUUUAUUGGUAUAAUGUAAGUUUAUUGCAAUAAAAACGAAUGCUUAACGCAACAUCAUCUUACUAAAUCGGGAAAUCAUGUCCAAGAACUCGAUGCAUAGUUUCAUUGUGUUAAUUAUGCUGAAAAAAAAACUGAGUUUGUCUUGAAUUCUAACUUAGAGAAACGUAACUCGAAUUCCAAGGUCAUCAGGUAUAAGAAACUAUUUUUGUGAUUGGGUGAUUAUAUAUACAGCAGAGAACCAUUUGUAAAAAAAAACAGUACUAAUAAAUCCUAUAAUGUUUAGCAACCAUCAAUCAGUGGGUUACACUCAAACUAGUUUUCGAAAAACUUCUUGUUGGUGGAAGUUGAAGUCUUGUGUGGCGACUGUAUUAUGAAUCCUAUACGAAAUAUAACUAAUCAAAACUA